UGUUCAUUGUCGUGCUUUUUCUGAGGUUAAAUUCACAUGAUGUUACACUGUGAUGAUUAAGCGUUCCUUUAUUUUGUUGAGCAGUGUAAUGAACUAACUUUAUAAUGAACUAAUUUACAAUUUCAUGCAUUUAAAUAUGUGAUUUUAAAAAAAGCUUAACCAUCCCGAAUCUGAUUUCUACUGAAAAGCUUUGCUAAGCUAUGCUAACUAGCUUACUAGCCACAUUUUAACCUAUUGCCGACUGGUUUAGCUGUUUAUUCUCCAUGAGUGGGUUUAGUUAACAUUACUACUCAAUACGCGAAGGGGUCGUCGUUCACCGCUGUGUGGCUGCAGACUUGCGGGUCUGGAGAGGAUGAGGAGCGGCGGGGACGCUGCUGCCGCUGCUCCGCCGAUCACACGCUCGGAUCCGCCGUCAGUCUGAGGGAAACAGCCGCAGCCAUGGCCUCGGACAUCACCCCAGAGGCCAUCGGCUUCCUGUCGGCGGUGGGCGUCUUCAUCGUGGCGUUGGCCGUCCUCUUCCUCUUCAUCAACAAGAAGCUGUGUUUCGCACGUGUCGGUGGAAUGCCCUGUCUGGAGCAGCACGCCCGCCGGAGGAAAGGACGAGUGGGUGUUCGCCAGGGGCUCGCUUCGUCCUCAGGGAUCCCAGGGCAUUCAGGGGCCAGACAGGACAUGCCUGAAACACCUCCACAAGUGUCCUGGAAGCCUCCUGUUUUGUUGCCUGGCAUGGAUGAUAAUAAGGAAUCUAACAUGAGUCCAGCAGGUGGAGUCUCUGCUAUUUCAAGUUGGUUUCCUGAACAAACAACACAUCCUGUUCGGAGUCUUUCCGUGACAUUCACAGCUCAAAGACUCCUCUGGAUCUUCACAGGACGAGUGAACAGCUACGGUGACGAUGAAGAUGAUGCCAGCAGCUCCUCUGACAGUGAAGACGAGGUCCUGAAGCAGUUUGAGAUCUCAGUGUCGCGUUCGCAGAGUUUUCGUACCCCGGCAGCUGACGCCGGCGAGCAGACUCAGCUGGCUUUGAGCCGACGCCAUAAAUUCAACCGACUGUCGGACCAGGAGGAGGGCAGCACAGAGCCGUCGGACUGCGAAGAAAUGGAGGCUCAGAGCCGGCAAGGUUUCCAGGACCCGCUCUCUGCAGCGGUAGAAGAGAGCGAGAGGGCGUCUGCUGCGCUCGCUGUGGGCAAACCUGAUGGACUCGAGGGGUCGUUGGGCGCCAGGGACAGCCCCACCCCCAGCACGCACCGCCUGGCCGCAGACGGCAGCGAGGACGCCGAAAAUGCCGUAGGUGUCGACAAAAAUGACGCCACAGACAGCUCCUCCACCUGGAGCCCCGAGCAGGAGCAGCCUCCUCUCAACGAGAUCUCGUCCCAGCCGGUCAGCGCUCCCACUCGACCUCCCAUCUCUAAAUGUGGCGACCUGGUCCUCUCUCUGGAGUACCGCCCCGACGCGGAGAAGCUACUCGUCUCCGUGAUCGCGGCCCGGGACAUCCCCGACAAGGCUCGCAGCGGGAUGGACUCCUGGCAGGUGCACAUGGUCCUGCUGCCCUCCAAGAAGCAACGCCACAAGACGUCGGUACAGAAAGGUUCACUGCCGCACUUCAACGAGACAUUUCGCUUCUCACGCCUGGACCCGUCAGAACUGCACAUGGCGGCUGUCCGGUUCCGGCUGUACGCGCUCGGAGGCAGGAUGUCCCGUGAGCGAAUGAUGGGCGAGAAGCUUCUGCGUUUAGGUGGUCUUGACCCGGACGGAGGGACGAUGGAGACGACGCUGGUUCUGGAGCCUCGCAGCAACCUCAAGAGCGUGGACUCCCAGCUGAGCCUGUCCGCUGUGUCUCAGAGCGACAGCGCCUCGUCCACGCAGUCUCUGACCCACGGUGGCGUCCCCGAGCUGCUGGUGGGUCUCACCUACAGCGCCACCACGGGACGCAUGUCUGUGGAGCUCAUCAAGGGCAGCCACUUCAGAAACUUGGCCAUCAACAGACCCCCAGACACCUACGGGCGACUGACUCUGUUGAACUCGGUCGGUCAGGAGAUGUCUCGGUGUAAGACGUCGGUGCGUCGCGGCCAGCCCAACCCCGUGUACAAGGAGACCUUUGUCUUCCAGGUGGCGCUGUUCCAGCUGUCGGACGUCACGCUGCUGGUCUCCAUCUACAACCGCCGCAGCAUGAAGCGCAAAGAGAUGGUGGGCUGGAUCGCCCUGGGCCAGAACAGCAGCGGCGAAGAGGAGCAGCUCCACUGGCAGGACAUGAAGGAGGGUCGGGGACAGCAGGUCUGCCGCUGGCACGUCCUGCUCGAGGCGUAAACGCCACCAAGAUGUAGGAUUUUUACGUCUAAGGUGAAAGGGAGUUUCAUUUGAGGGAUGGAAAGACGACCUCGACGUGAUCUGCGGACCGGAGGAUGCAUGUGGUUUCAGAGGACACAUCUGUCCACAGCAACCUCACACCUGGCUGGUUAUUUUCUGUCAACAUGUGGAACAAACUCAUCUGCUUUUGGAGGCCGAUACAAGUUUAAAAUGUAAUCGUUUUGUUGAAAAAUGAGGAAGAAAAGCCUUCAGCAAAUGACAAAAAGACAUUGAAUUUGGAUUCAGUCAUGCUGUUCAAGUGGCAAUAAAGAAAGUAUUUCUUUGUCAUGAAAAAGCUUUGUAGAGCGUCCAUCGGCCUCCAAGAGGAGCUGAGAAUGUCCUUCACUUUUCAUUGUGAGACGAGGGAGCUGCAGUUCUGUUUUUCUGGUAAAUCGCUGUGUUAGAACGUACACACAGUUUUAGAGGUGUGUUUGUGUGACUUGUUGUUUCUAAAUGUUCUUUUACUUGCUAGCACGUCAGUGGAGAUGCAAACAAAACGGCACUGCAGCACGUUCACUAAUGCAGACAGGAAACACAAACAUGCAGCGUCCUGAAAAUCUAAUUUUGAUCAUUAUUGUCACAUCCUCUCAGAGGUCUCUGUUACAGUUUCUGUCAGCUCCUCGUCCUCCUUCAUCAAUGCAUCAGUUUAAAAGUUUUUAGCAACAGAAGACAGGGUACAAAAUUAACAACAUCGUGCAGAACAUUUGGUUGUAACUGCAGUUUAAACUGUUUACUUUAUUUCUGCCUGUGAGCUCUGUGGUGAACCUGAGAGACACAUGAUGGAUUAUAAAGAUUAUUCAGGG